AUGUCUAGUGUGUCGGCGAUCGAUUUGACGCAAGAGGACUCUGAUGACGAUAUGAGAGGAUUACUCGGGAAAAACGAUUCAACGGAUUCAAAUGACAAAAACGAGAGAGCAGGUGUUUACUCGGCACAACCAGCGGAUACGGUUUUUUCGAAGCAUGAAAAAGAUCAACCAGGGAUUUAUGAUGGCCCACAAGAUAGUCCGAACGACGCGAUACCUCUGGAUACUCCACGUGUAGAAGGGACGAAAAAGAGGUUACCGAUCAACGAAGACCAGCCACAACCGAAUGAACAGAUUGUACCGCUAGUUCGGACAAUGAGAUACCAGGAUCAGAACUCUGAGCCCGAACAAGGCCCACAAGUGUCCGGUUUGCGAAGUAGCAGCUCUGACGAAUCACUUUUCAAGCGUCAAAAAUUUGAGGUUAACGAGUCACAAAUAAGACCACAAAGUCCAAGAGAAGACAGCUUGGCGAUCGAGAAAUUGGGCUAUGUAUCGCCCCUCAGUCUCACAUCUCGCGAGAGCAGUCCUAAAGAUGUGCUUCGCACUACAGGGCCUAGCAGUGUACAUCGUACCAAUGGAGGAGAGUCCCCAAAAGGUGAGGUGUUUGCACAGCAAAGUGGGCUGGGCAGUGAUGAUCACCUGCCAAAAAUAGUGUCUUCAGAUGUGGAUAGAAGCAAGUUGGAACAAAAUUCGCUACCACCAUUCAUUACUGAUACCGCCAGCAAUGAUGCUCGUGAGCCCAUAAUAGUGCUCAGCGACGAAGAAGAUCAAACAUUGUUGGUAAGCCAGAAGAGUAGACAAGGAAGAAUCCAUUCCCCAGUUUCCUCGAACGGUGUGACAGCUUCCAAUGAGAAUGUCAGUGACUUGAGAGCUAUACAUGACACAAAUCUCAGACUGAAAGCUCAGAGUGACGAAGAAUUUGCUCGGCUCAAGACUACAUGCCGCGAUACAAGAAUUAUAUUGCAGCGAAAGCUUCAAAAGCGGGAGAGACUUAUAUUAGAGGCCAAAAACUCCCUGCCAUUGGUGACAUCCACUGAGGAAGCUGCCAAGGUCGAGAGGGAUUUGCGUUAUAUGGAAGGACGGAGAAUGCAGACGUUAAUGAAGCUCAAUCAACUCGAUCAUAAGGAAACUCAUGCUACAGAGCAACACAACAAAUUCCUGAAUGGACACGGGUCGAAGCUUCGACAAUCGCAACUGGAUCUCCAGAACGCCUUGAGCAACCGAAUACAUUCAAACAUGGUAGAAAAGCGGGCCAAGCUCAUGGAAGAACGAUCAGAUAUCGAACAUCUUUUCCUUAGUGGUGAUAUAAAUUUGCAUACCAUGAUUCGAAAAAAGGCGGCAAUUGAUAAAAUGCUCAACGAACUACAGUCUAGUCAUGCAGCUCCCGAAGCAGUAGCGAGUGCGCAGUCCUCAGACAUUUAUUUCAGAUCUAUUGAUAUCGCUCUUGACUUGAUACAGAAGAAUACAGUGAGAUCUCUGGAGAACAAAAAUUUGAUGACUUACUACCUGAAUGUGGUAGCACGAUUUAAAAGAGAUUGCGAUAGAGGGGAGCGAUUCACUGCAGAGACAAAGUAUCGGGUUGAGCGCGCAAUAACAGAAUUAAUGAAACACGGAGUCAAGAUGCCUGCUGUUGUUGACUACCUGAAGAAAAUGAAUUUUAUAGUGACGCCAGAAGAGUUCCAGAGGACAUACUCUUCGAAUGGCAACACCCAAAGAAACGAUGACUUCCUUCCGGUGAAGAACAAACAGGAUGGCGACAACGAUAUAUUGGAACUCGUAAAGCACCAGGACGAGCAGCGCAACUCAAAUUCUUUUCAACUCUCAAGUAUUUACAACAACCAAGACAAUGAUAGCUUGCAAAAGUUACUGGAAGGGCUCAAAACUUCAGAAGCAGAAAUCGAGGGCGAGGAACUAACUCCGCCUGAAUUGACCGUUAACUUGAUGAAACAUCAACGGCAAGGGCUUCACUGGUUGCUACAGGUUGAAAAAUCCAGCAAGAAGGGCGGCCUUUUAGCUGAUGAUAUGGGUCUCGGAAAGACUGUUCAGGCGCUCGCCCUGAUAGUCGCUAACAAGUCGGGCGAUGAGAGUUGUAAAACUAACUUGAUUGUCGCGCCUGUCGCAGUUCUUAGAGUGUGGGAGGCAGAAGUUAGAACCAAAGUCCACAAGAAUACUAGACUAAAGGUUCUCAUCUACGGAGGAAGCGGUGGCGCUAAGGUUCAGACCUAUCGCAGCUUACUGAGACACGACGUUGUGUUGGUCUCAUAUCAAACUCUAGCAAGCGAGUUGAAGAAACACUGGCCUGCAAGACUCACAUCAGAAUCCGAAGAGCCAACCCUUGCAGACGUUCCCGACGUCAAGGCGAUUAAUUCGCUCAAGGAGCGAAACGAAUAUUGGUCACCGUUUUUCUGUGAUCAGUCCAAAUUCUACAGAAUUAUUCUGGAUGAAGCCCAGAAUAUAAAAAAUAAAAAGACACAAUCUUCAAAAGCCUGCUGUGCAUUAUACUCAACGUAUCGAUGGGCGUUGUCGGGAACACCUGUGCAGAACAACAUCAUGGAACUCUAUUCGUUGAUAAGAUUCUUAAGAAUUCCACCGUACAAUAGGGAACAACGAUUCAGAAUGGACAUAGGGAACCCUCUUGGACGUGUUACUAACAAUUACGAUAGCUACGACCUCAAACAAGCUACCAAAAAGGUACAAGUGCUUUUACGAGCGGUUAUGUUACGGAGAACCAAAGAUUCCCAAAUUGACGGGAAACCCAUUCUUGAGCUCCCGGAAAAAUUCAUCAAGGACGAGGAACAAACGCUCGAAGGUGCAGAGCUAGCUUUCUACACUGAUUUAGAGCAGAAAAAUCAGAAGAAAGCUGAAAAACUGAUGAAAAACAGAGCUAAGGGAAACUAUUCCAGUAUUUUAACCUUGUUAUUGAGACUGCGUCAAGCUUGUUGUCAUUCGGAACUUGUACUCAUGGGAGAAUACAAGAGUGAAACUUCCAAGGUGGCCAAUGGUAAGAAUUUUGAAAAUGAUUGGCUGCGUUUAUUCGAGCUAGCUCGAAGAAUGCCUGGUAUUGGUAAAAGUACGGUGAUCGAAGGCCUUGAAAAAAUGACUUGUCCGUACUGCAUGGAACAAAUGGAGUUAGAUUCUGCAGUCGUAAUCACUCCAUGUGGUCAUAUGCUCUGCGAUGGUUGUGCAGAUCAGUAUUUUGAAGAGAUUCGUAUUCAGGGAAAUGUGAGAAAGAUAAUAAACAGUGGCUACGCAGUACCUUGCUUGGUAUGCAAUAGAAUCGUUGAUGAUAACGAAUUGGUCACUUAUAAACUGUAUGACCACGCAGUGAAUCAGAAUCUUUCCGUUCAAGGUCUGAAGGAGGAGUAUGACGUGGAAAUGACAAAUCAGAAGAGUCGGCUGAGACAGGGCUAUAAAAUAAAUUUUGAAACCGUCGAGCCGUCGGUCAAAAUUUUGCAAUGUUUGGAUAUUGUUCGGAAUGUGCUGGGUACUUCUGAACAAGAAAAAGUCAUAGUCUUCUCUCAAUUCACAACGUUUUUCGAUCUACUUCAACAUUUCAUUCGGAAGGAACUUGGAAUUCACUUUUUAAGGUAUGAUGGGUCGAUGAACGCUCAACAACGUGCUGCUGUCAUCGAAGAAUUCUACAAAAACCCCAACAGAAGAAUCUUGCUGAUAUCGAUGAAAGCAGGUAAUUCGGGAUUGACUUUAACUUGCGCAAACCAUGUUAUAUUGGUCGAUCCGUUCUGGAACCCCUUCGUCGAAGAGCAAGCAAUGGAUCGAUGCUAUAGAAUAAGUCAAACCAGAGAAGUGCAGGUUCACAAGCUUCUGGUUAAAAAUUCAGUCGAGGAUAGAAUCUUAGAACUACAGAGGAAAAAGAGAGAACUAGUAGAAAGCGCAAUGAGUCCCGACAAAAUCCAGGAAGUGAACAGUUUAGGACGUCGCGAGCUUGGAUUUUUGUUCGGACUCAACACGCUUGAGUGA